UUAUCAGUAGAGUGAUAAGUUACAACAAAAACAAACCAAAAUAGAAUAGCCACAUAAAGAAUAGAGGAGUGAAAGAGAGGAGGCAGCGUGCGGGAGAGAAGCAUCAACAGAAUGAGACGAUGCAAUACAUCAACAUAGCAACAAUAGAAUAGAAUUUAGUUUGACAUAUAGGUUUAAGUGUUUGGGUGUCAUUUUAAAUGGACAUCAACAUACAAACCAAUCGGUUGUCAUUGUUGUUGUUCGUUGCCACACACAUCAUUGUUGAUUUGUGUCAAUAAAAGCAUUUACGCUUCUCGAACGAAUUCGUGUGUUGAGAUUUCUUAUUUAUUUACGCUUGUUCAGUGUUUUGUUUGAUAUUUUGCCGCUAUCACACACACGGAACGCCUUCAUGAAUUUCAAUUGAAUGAUUUUCAUUGCAACCAAUUUGCGUGUGACAGUCUUUUGCCUUAAUUCAGUUUAACGAGUGGAUUCUCCGAGUGAUAAACAGAGAGAGAGUGCAACAAAUGAUGGAUUAUUUUCGACUUUUUUUCACGUUUUUUUGCCGUUUUUGGUUGACGCUGCUCAUUUUUCAGCUCAAGGUCAGCGAUGCAACGCAUUCAACGCCACCCAAUGUCAUCAUCGUUUUGACCGACGAUCAAGACAUCGUGCUUAAUGGAAUGACACCAAUGCAACGGACACAAAAGCUGUUGGCUAGCAAAGGAGCUACGUUCAUCAAUGCAUUCACCUCGUCAGCGAUCUGUUGCCCAUCACGAGCGUCUCUAUUGACCGGUCAAUAUGCACACAAUCAUCGAACGACAAAUAAUUCCGCAUCAGGUGGCUGCUAUGGCGAACAUUGGAAACAACACGUUGAACCGAAAACGUUCCCAGUUCAUCUACAGCAAAAUGGAUACAACACAUUCUACGCCGGAAAAUACAUGAAUCGGUACACCUCAAUCAAUGUUCCGGUUGGUUACACCGACUGGUAUGGCCUGUAUGGAAACUCAAGGUAUUACAAUUAUACGCUUAAUGAAAAUGGUGUCCUAAAGCUGUUUGGUGAUCAAGAGCAGGAGUAUUUAACGGAUGUUUUGCGUUCCCGUUUGGAAAAGUUCCUCUCGCUACAACUGCCAGGCAAUCCAUUUUUGGCCAUAGUUGCGCCGCCUGCACCACAUUCACCAUUUACUCCGGCCAAGCGUCAUGAGUCAUUCUUUAGUAAUGUGACUGCUUUGCGAACGCCAAAUUUCAAUGUGGAAUCGAAUGAAUUGGACAAGCAUUGGAUAGUGCGAAUGCCACCGACACCGUUGACUCCUGACAUUGUUCAAACUAUCGACACUUUCUACCGUAAGCGAUGGCAGACUCUGUUGGCCGUUGACGAGCUAAUCGAAAAUAUGGUCAUUCAACUGAAGCGAUUGAAUCUGUACGACAAUACGUACAUCGUGUUCACAUCGGAUAAUGGCUAUCACUUGGGACAAUUUGCCAUGCCAUUCGACAAGCGUCAACCGUAUGAAACUGAUAUUCGUGUGCCAUUCAUCGUAACUGGUCCUGGGAUAAAUUCCAAGCAUAUUGUUGAACAUCCAAUUUCAUUGAUUGAUUUGGCACCAACCAUUUUGGAUUGGGCUGGCAUUGAGAAACCCGACGAUUUGGAUGGACAAUCAUUCGCUGAGUUGGUCAAUUUUGAGAGCAAUUCGGUGGAUAAAGUGGAAACAACCAGCCAAAAUACGGACUAUGAAAUAUCUAGCACCGUUGAAUCACCGAAAUUCGAACGGCAACUGUUGAUCGAGUAUUGGGGUGAAGGGAAUACAGACACCUACAAUGAAUUGUGCCCAUGGAAUCGACGCGAUCGAUUGAAUCAAUGCACACCAGUCGCUGCAUGCCAUUGUCAAGACUCUUGGAAUAACACCUACGCCUGUAUUCGUCAUAUUGCACACGAUUUGGAUAAAAUUUACUGUGAAUUUGUUGAUAGAGAGUCGUUCGUUGAAGCGUAUGAUUUAUUUGCUGAUCCGUUCCAAUUGACCAACCUUGGAUUCGAUAUGUUGCCAUCAGAGCGGUCGACCUACAGCCUGCAUUUGGACAAAUUGAAACAAUGCAAAGGAAAAUCAUGCCAGAAAUUUUGAUAACAUUGAGUCUUGAAUCACAUUUUUGCAUCCAAAUUUCGUGUUUUUUUGUUGUCAUUUAAAUCGAAAUUUUGUAAUUCUGCUUUGGAAUAGACUUUAUCUAGAGACUUUAAGAGAUUAAUCGCAAAAACGAAUGAUAAAUAUGCAAAAUGUUAAAAUUUCAACAAAAUUACCAAUAUUUGUAAGAGGUCAAUGGCCUUGAAUGUCACAAUUUAUUGAUCAAGAAAACAAGAUAGAUACUGAAAAAUGCUCAAAAAGACACAACUUUACUAUCAAUCUACCUUUUUACUACCAAUCACUUGCAGUAGAUAUAAUUGUAACUAAAAUAUUGUAUAAUUAAAAAAAAGGAACGACUAAAACUAAUUGAAAUCAUCAAUAAAGUGGAACUUUGUAUUAA